CUCCAGCAAAUAAACAACCAAGUAUGAAUUCAUUUUUCUCUUUUUCUUCAUAACUCAUUAAUGUAUAUACAGUUGACAGCUGAAUUCCCCUUUAUAUAUAUUUCUUAUAAACUCAUAUUCACCAUUAAACAAACCCAUCACAAGAUCUCCAUUUUCUUCCCCAUGGAUCAUUACCCACUUCUCUUUACAGCCAUAGCAUUCGCCGUCGCCGUCGCCGUCGCCGCCGUCAUCCUUCCCGGAGCUCAAGCUGAUGCAAUCGUCUCCGGCAUCGUCUUCUGUGAUCAAUGCAAAGAUGGAAAAAUCUCUCUUUUCGAUUAUCCCCUCAAUGGGACGAAGGUGUCUUUGAGAUGCCCGGAUAACAAUGGACAACUUGUAAUAAAAGGAGAGGAUACAACCAAUUGGUUAGGAAACUAUGCAAUGCGGUUUCAGGGUACACCGGAUAUGAAUGGGUGUUAUGCUCAGGUCACUGGCGGCGGCGGCGGAGGGACUUCCGGCGGUUGUGCGGCGGUGGCGGGUGCGGCUAGGAGUGUGAGUUUGACGUUUAGAAUGUUUGAUAUGGAAAUCUAUGGAGUUGAACCUUUGCUUUCGGAGCCUGUUCAACCAAUGUCGUAUUGUCCUAAAUCGGUUUCUCCGGGGCCGCCGCCGAUUAUAACGCCGGUAGUUCCACCGCCGCCGUUUAAUACGCCGGCGAUUCCGCCGCCGGACACUCAUCUUCCACCCAUGCCUUCGGUUCCUUUCUUUCAAGCCUCUGCUUGUCCCUACUGGAACUGGACGGCUCCGGAACACGAGUGUUAUUGGAACGUGCUUAGUCCUGAUUUAAAGGUAGCUUUUGUAUUCGGGUUAGAGGCGGCAAGGAAAUUUGGGACAGACUUGACAUUGAAGGAGGCAUUGCUAGGUCGAGGCGACCCUUAUAAGACCUUAUUGAGAGAAGCCACAACCACUCUUCUAAAUUCAUACACUAGUAUUGUGUUUCCAUAUAACCCGGUUCAAGUUUUGUUGGAAAUGAAUUCGGCCCUUCUUGGUUCAACCCGUAAUGUUCUCCACACCGGUCUUCGCUUCAGCCGUGCCAACUCUGGCAAUGGUCGAGUUGAGUGCAUGUUUAAACCUUGUAAAACAAUAUCCUAGUUCAUAAGUUCUAAUCUAUGCUAGCUUGUUGGCCUAUACUCAUUUAUGUUAUUACUAUUUGGGUUUGGAAUUUGGUUAUGACACAAUUUCAGCCUUGGUAACAUUUAUAUUUAGUAUAAAAAUAAUGGACUUAUUUUAAAA